AUUUUCAGAGAAUUGACCGGCUAGAAGCCUAGAAGCAAUUGAUGGAGUUGGGAAAUAGAUGGUCUCUUCGAGGAGAAACAGCUUUGGUCACUGGUGGAUCCAAAGGGAUAGGGUGUGCUAUUGUGGAAGAACUAGCAAGAUUUGGAGCAGCAGUUCAUACGUGCGCCAGGAAUGAAGCAGAGCUGAAACAGAGUUUGCAGAAAUGGAGAGACCUGAAGCUUCAGGUGACUGGUUCGGUCUGCGACGUCUCAUCCUCGGAGGAGAGGGAGAAGCUGAUAGAGGAAGUCCGCGCCAUCUUCAACGGCAAACUCAAUAUCCUGGUUAAUAACGUAGCAAUUUACUACAAUAAACCAGUUCUAGAGGUGACCCAAGAAGAGUACAAGCACACCAUGAACACCAACUUGGAAGCUGGUUUCCAUUUGAGUCAACUCGCUCAUCCUCUCCUCAAGACAUCUGGUCAGGGCAAUAUCGUCUUUAUUUCCUCGAUUUCGGGACUUAAAGGAUACUCUUCUUUAUCAGUCUAUGGAGCAUCUAAGGGAGCCAUGAACCAAAUCACUAGAUGUCUUGCUUGCGAAUGGGCUAAGGAUAAUAUUCGUACCAAUUGCGUUGCGCCCGGUCUCAUCAAGACACCUAUGGCUAAAAGGUUCAUGGAGAAUGAAGAAUGCUUAGCGAAGUGGCUUCAUUGUACUCCGCUCGGGCGUGCGGGAGAGCCUGAGGAGGUGGCGGCUUUGGUGGCUUUUCUUUGCCUUCCUUCUUCAUCUUUCAUCACUGGUCAAGUGAUUACUGUCGAUGGAGGGGUAACGAUAAGUGGUGACUAUUAAAUCUCUAUGGAUGAAUUUUGUGUUAUCAUCAAUAAAAAUAAAAGCGAUGGAAUACUUAUUUCUCCACAUGU